AUGUGGAGCGAUACUACCGUCGAUCAAGACAAUGGAAACGGAUGGGCCGCCGGCGAGUCCUCGUUCAUGACCGAUAGAAAACCUGAUUCCCGCGCCACAACUCUCGGUGACCGUCUGCCAGUGCCCGUCACAAUUUCGAAUCUCAACGAGCAUUUCUCGUCUCAAGACGACAAAUAUGUAAUUGGAAACUUCCGUUUCGCAACUGUUUUAACCGUCGGAACUGUCAAGGAUAUUCAUCAAGACGGCACAACUUUCACCUAUGAGCUCUGUGAUCCGUCUAACGAGUCCAUGGAGUAUCGUGCAUUGAAGUACGAGAACGAGGGAUCCGCUUCUGAUCAUUCGGCGAUUGUUGAGGGAAGUCGUGUUCGUGCGAUCGGAAAGCUGAAGGGAUUCGAUGGAGUCAAUACCAUCAUGCUGUUCAACAUCACUCCAGUCACCGACGACAAGGAUUUCACAAUUUUCGAGUUGGAAGCAGAGGCCGCCCGUCUUUUCUUCCAGAAGAAUAUGAGCGAUAAGCUGAAGUCAGAAGUCACUUCUCGUGGAUUCCAGGGAAUGUUGGCUCCACCGAAGAGCCGUGGAGGUCAACAACAACAGGGACAAUCUUCCUCUCAUAAUGACAAUAAGGAGAGAAUCUAUCAGGCGCCAAGUCAUCAGCCACAAGCGGCCCAAGAAGUGACACUCAGAGAGCGAGUUCUCGAUAUUCUGAGAGCUGUCGAUGGAGAUGCUCGUGAAGAGGGAUCGAAUAUUCAAUGGAUUGCUGAGCAGGUCAACGAGAGAGAUAUGGAGAAGAUGAGACAAUGUCUCGGGGAUCUCGUCGAGUUGGGACUCGCCUACACAACUACCGACGAGGAGAGCUUCUCCGCCAUCUAA